AUGUCUGACCUUGGAACUGAAGUUAAGCGAGAAGUCAAUGCAGGGAUUGCAUCUGUGUCACGCAUGAUGGAGCGGUUGGAGACUAGAGAGAAUGAUAGAAGCGAUGGCAAUUCUGCUCCAAGUAAUUUAGAGGACGGUCCAAUUCAGGGAUCAAAUGAUCAGCAUUUAACUGACAGUGAAAGGGACAGUCUUUUAAGAGACAAUGACAUAAAAACAUCUUGCACUGCAGGUUCCAGUUCAAAUUAA